AUGGCGGUCCCCCCAGCAGACGUGGUGGAGUCUCAGCUGUCAAUGAUUGACCUUCUGAUAGCUAUGUUCCCCUCGCCAUCCGAACUUGAAAUCUCAGAGUCCACCAGAGAGUGGCUCACUAAACUUCACGAUUGUUGUCAAGAACAAACUGAAAUCCCAGCCGGCAUUCCCUCGAGCCUUUCACUGGCAGUCCAUUUGGCAGUCGCUCAGGAGAAGUCUAUCCAACUCAACAUUUCAAUCUUCUUUAGCGAGAGUAAUGGAAGUGUGAGGCCAUCAAGUUAUGCACUGCGACAACCAGAGUGGAUGUCCAAAGCGGAGGUUGCGAGUAUCGCCGCGGCAAUGCCUUCGGACGACGUGUUUGUGGCAAUCGAAUAUAUCAGAGAAGAGGCCAUGCAAAUACUCAAGAAACGUGAAACAUUGACUAAAACGGUAGCUACCCGUAGUACUGAGCCGCUCGUCCGAGUCUGGUUCUAUUUUCCUUCCCUCUCGACGCGUGGGAAACGGAAUGAUUUGGUCAAUUAUGCCUCAGACUAUUCUCUUACAGGCUUUGUGUUGGCAGGAAAACCGGGAAUUCUGUGCCUAGAGGGAGAUUCGACGAAUAUCGAUUCAUAUAUGAGUUUUAUUAGAACAGAGUCAUGGGGCGAUAUUCCUAGCCAUCAGAAGAAAGUUAGUGAGCGUUUCCGGGAAACGCUGGAUGUGCGACGCGUGUUUUCCAAAAUGGAGGAGAUCACGGAUUCCGUGGGCGAACGGAGCGGCCAGAGGGCUAAUCGAGGAGAUAUGCAGGCACUGGUGGCGUGGUUAGCGGCUCGAGGCCUGCAGGAAGCAUUUGGGAAGGUUAUAUUUUGA